CUCCCUCCAUCCCUCAAUCCCUCCAUCCCUCAAUCCCUCCCUCCUUCUCUCCUCCCUCCUUGUGUCCCCCUCACCUUGUCUUCUUUCCUCCUGCGCUUCUCCCGGGCCCGCUGUAUUGCCCAGGUGAGAAAUCGCCUUUGCGGUCGCAGCCCUUUUGUUUUCCGUUUUUAAGAUCCAAAUGUUCUCCCAGAUGAGCAACAACAGUAAUAAGAGAGCACCAACCACAGCGACCCAGAGGCUUAAACAAGACUACCUGAGAAUUAAGAAAGACCCAGUGCCUUACAUCUGUGCAGAGCCCCUCCCAUCCAACAUCCUCGAAUGGCACUACGUUGUGAGGGGACCUGAAAUGACGCCCUAUGAAGGUGGCUAUUAUCAUGGGAAACUAAUAUUCCCCAGAGAAUUCCCUUUUAAACCUCCUAGUAUUUAUAUGAUUACACCUAAUGGAAGGUUUAAGUGUAACACAAGGUUGUGUCUUUCCAUCACCGAUUUCCACCCGGACACGUGGAAUCCAGCUUGGUCAGUCUCCACGAUCCUGACGGGCCUCCUUAGUUUCAUGGUGGAAAAGGGCCCCACCCUGGGCAGCAUAGAGACAUCUGAGUUCACAAAAAGACAACUCGCUGCACAAAGCUUAGCAUUUAAUUUAAAAGACAAAGUCUUCUGCGAGCUCUUCCCUGAAGUGGUGGAGGAGAUCAAACAAAAACAGAAAGCACAAGAAGAGCUCAACAGCAGACCUCCCUCGCUGCCCCUGCCCGACGUGGUGCCCGACGGGGACGCUCACUACGGCCAGAACGGGAUCCCCCUCCUGAACGGGCACGUGGCCCUGGCCCCCGCCAACCCCCCGGGGCUGCAGCAGCCCAACCGCAACCACGGACUCUUGGGCGGAGCUCUGGCGAACUUGUUUGUCAUCGUGGGCUUCGCAGCCUUUGCCUACACAGUGAAGUACGUGCUGAGGAGCAUAGCCCAGGAGUGAGGAGAGCAAAUAAACCCCGAGACCAAAUUUGUAGCGCUAGUUGGCAACAGAGUGAGUGGGACUCUUUUUGGGGCAUCUGGCUCUUGACGCCGGCAGAGAGGUUGGUUUUGGCGGGUGAAACCUUGGCUGGGCUCGUGGGAGUUUGGAGUAGUUUUGGUUAGGCAGAAACUUCGCUGCUCUCUGGUAGUUUCUCACACAAGUCAAAGCAUUAUUGAUGAGACACUACAUUUCUAGUGCUUUGAUUUUUUUUUAUAGCAGUUCUCCAUCUGUCGUUGGAAAUCGGGAAAUCUCGAGCAAAUAAGGCUUUUUACUUCAUUGUACAAUUUUUAAGACUCCACCAUUUACUGCAUAUCACUUUAUUUUCAGUAGGGAAGAGUCUGUCCAGGUGUUCAGUGAUUCAAGUAGAGAUUCCACGUGGACUUGGGAAGGGUUUGGUUAAUGUGAACAUUUGAUGCUACAGAAAAUUGCUGGUUUUUUUUUUUUUCCAACUAGAAUGACCAUCAUUGCAUAUCUAGUCAGUAGUGAUUAGAUGAGUGGGAACAUAACACCACAGUGUGUUAAAUGUGUUGUCUAAAUUGUCCCAACGUCACUGAAGGUUUUAUUUGGGCUACAAGAAGUGCAGUUGUUGGCCUUCAGCAAGGGGGAAAAAAAAAAAAAAGCCUUGGAAUCAGCCUCUAGUGGGAAUUACCCAUAUCCAGGGUCAUUUGGGAUUUGUUCACUUACAGAUUUUCAUUCUGGGAGAUGUUCUGUUGGAAAGUUGUAAUAGUUCCUUCUGAUCACAAGGGGGCCACUGGUGAAAUAAUAAUAAAACUGCACCCACCAAUGGAGAGAGUUGACUGUGUGUUCCAAAAAUCUCUGCAUUCCUUAGGCUGUGGGGAUUGAGGAAACCCCAGCCCUCGGGAAGGGAAAAAGGAAAAUGAGUCUCAGUAACAAACCAGCUUCCUCAGAGUCAGCUGAAUCCAUCUGAAGUGUCACUGCCUGAACUAACCCUUCAAAUUAGUUCCACUUGCUCACUCUUAAAAAACCCACCACCACCAAAAGCCAACCCCAGCAUUCACCUGGGAUUCUGGAAGCUUUUAGCUGUCAGUUCCUCACUCUUCCCCUUCAGGUGUCUGACAAAUGAAAGGCUGCUGUUUGUUCCCAGGCUCCCAGCACUGGGGGGGAAACGCUGAAGUCCAAAAGUCUGUCUGAAAUUACUUUUUCUCCCUGCUGCUUGAAUUUUCCCCAAAAGCUUUGCUCCAGCAGAGGCAAACUUGCUGUGCCUUUCAGAGCUGGCAGUGCUGCCUGGUCAGCUGGGGCAGGACACACUGUCAGUGCUACAACAACUGUCCCAGGUGGUGGCAGGGAUGAAAGCUCUGCACUCACUGUAUAGUCUUAUUUUAAGUGUUCUAAAGAGCCCAAAUAAAUAUUACCUCACGUGUCUAAGAAUGUUUUGGAACUGUCUUAUUUCCCCUUUCAGAUUUUCUCUCUCUCAGCUUCUUGGUAUCUUGAAUUAUAAGCAGAAAUGUUCCUGUCAAGCCAUGAGCCAACAGCUCAGAGCACCAGUAAAAUGUGACCAAUUCUCUGCAAUAGGUAGGAAUUACCAAAAUUAGCAGAACAGCUCUUUGCUAAAGAAAUCUUAAAGCAGUUCUUCCUGAGGUGAGGAAGGGAAGGAGUCAGGGUGUGCAAGGAUAGGAUUUGGAAAAGGCUGGAUUUAAAGCGUAUUUAUAAAAUCUUUGAUUACUUUUUUAUUAUUAUUAUUCUAAUUAUUUUAUGGUUUCACCAAAUCUUAUUUAUAAUAACUAUUUUUUUUUCCCAUUUACCUCUUGUAUGUGCUUAAUCCUAGAAACAAACUGUGGGUCUUGGGGGGGUGGAGGUGUGCUGGGCAGGAGGGGGCAGUGCCAUGGCUUUCCUGCAGGGCUGGGAUUUUGGGGAUGGCUGAUGGUUUUUUCUUGUGGCUCUUUGCACCCCUCAGACCCCUCUGUGUCCUUGCAAUGCCUUUUUCCUGCCGUUGCCAGGCAGCAGCUUAGCUUGGUUAUCCACGUUUAUCUUCUCUUCUGGAAGUUCUUUAUCCCCAAAAACCAAGGCAAAGGCAAGGAGACCUUGGGCAAGGGGGUGUUUGCAGCUUCUGUGACCUCACCAAGCUCAGAGAAAAGCAGCCAGAGAUGGUGAAUUAAAAGCUUUUUAUUCCAUGACAAGAAGUUGGCCUUGAGCUGCACCUGAGCACGUGAAGGUCGGUCUCUUGUCUGCAGGAAGUGCCACAAUUAGAAACAAAACCCCCUUUGGUCAAACCCUGGACAUGCUACUUUUUUUUUUUUUUUUUCCCUGAGAAUUGGUUGUGUUUAAAACCCCAAAUUUCCACAAUUGCAGUUUUUCUCUGGAGUACUCUGGAUCUGGAGAAAAAGACUUGCCAGCCACUCCAGGUGCCAUUCAUUGGAAGCUGGGAGCAAUCCCUGUCCCCCUUGCAAGCAUUUUGAUCCGUCUCCUUGCCUUUGGCAACACCAGAUUUAUCCUUCUUUGUGUAGGUUUUACUGAUUUAUGGUUUUUUUAAAGAAUUUCUAACAGUGCAGUAUCUGAUCUUAUUGUCACCCAAGUCAUUCGAUGGAGGAGCCCAGGCAGAAAUGUUCCCAUGCCCUGAGCACUUCAUUACUUGAUGGAAUCAAAAUAAAAUCUCUCCUUCCUUACAUGAUCUUGGAACAAAUCUGGCCCUUGACUUGAAACAUCUCUUGAGUUUAUUAUUAAUAUUUUUUUUUUUUUAAAUUCUGGAUUUUUGUGUAGUCAUCACCUUCCUUUCCUCCCCUCCCUGAGAUUUCAAGGCCAUGGAGGUUCCCUUGCUAAGGAGCGUGUACUGAGGAGUGGGAAUGACUGCAUUGUAAUGUUUGUUCAUAAUAAACAUUCAUGAGAAAACCGA